AUGUCGGAUGAGCCAUCACUCCCACCACUCCCCGCUGUGUCUUGGGACGAGACCACACAGAGCUUCAGUAAUAGUCCUCGCAAACGCACCCGCGCGAGACUCUCAUCUAACGCCUGGCCUCUCUUGGCCAAUUCGAGCGACCCGGCCAUUUUUUCCAGCGAUGACGACCCAGGGCUGGAUAACUAUGUCGAGGGACGUCGUAAGAGGCGUUAUGUCGGGUCGUGGUUUCAGAAAUUGCCCGCGUCCCCCCCGUCCUUUGUGGAGACGCGCCCUCUGCCCAAGCCGAAGCGCACUCUGACGCGGCAACUCGAUAGUGGUGUCUGGAUGGGCAGUGACGGCACGGAUAGCGACGACUUUCUGGAUGACCUGGCCAUCGCUACGCAGCCGAAACUGCCACAAUGGCAACGUCCGCCGAGACGACAACCGGUCAUCUUGCCCGUCGAGGGAUUCAUCCGUCGGAGGAUACAGGACUGCCUUCAUCAAGGCAAGGAGGAUGUGGACUUAUCCUCCCUCAAUAUCGAGUCCCUAUCUGAUGAGACCAUUUCCCUCUUGGGAGAGCUCACUUAUAUCCCCAUGGUAGCCGAGGGUGUGCCUUUUGAGAACAGGGAUCCUUGUCUGAGGCUCUUUUUAUCCGGAAACCCGCUCUGCCGCAUUCCGGGAGCCAUCUUUGACCUUCAAAACCUCACUGUCCUGAGUCUCCGCAGCUGCGGUUUGAAGCAGCUCCCGCCAGCUAUUGGCAAGCUGCAAAGGUUGGAAACACUCAACCUCGCGCAGAACGAACUUCGGCAGCUCCCAGCAGAGCUUUUGGAUCUAAUCGCCGCUCCGGGGACGCUCACGGAUCUCUUAUUGCAGGGCAACACCUUUCACCAGGCCAGCUGUCUCCCGGAGCAACUUGACGCAGACAGCUACCACGCACAACAACAAUCCAGUUCGAACCCUGGGGCUGCCGUCUUGAGCCUAGGUGCGUGUGAUGGAUCCGAGUCACAUGAACAACGCCUCGUGCAGAAUCUGCCGCCAACUUUCGAGGGCAUGGCAGCCCGAUACAUGGCACGGUCUGCGAUCGAGUAUUCCGACAGCGCGGGCGUCAUAUGCUCGAAGUUUCGGCUGGACGGCGGCAGCGGCAUGGCGGGACCGGUCGAGGUUGAUGCGAGCCAGACCCACUCGGGAGGACCAAGUCCUCCGUCUUCCUCGGCCGGGGCCACCCGUGUUCCCAGUCUCUUCGAAUUAGCAGCGCGGGCCUGCUACCGGAGUGCCGACUUGGGGGCGCUGACGGACUACGUCCCCGACACGCUGUCUCGCGUCCGGGGUGUGCUCGAUCGUGCUGCGGAGCAGCGCCGUGUUGCGGGGUACUCGUGCUGGAGGUGCAAGAAGCUGCUGGUGACGCCCACGACCCAGUGGCUCGAGUGGUGGCAAGUGGCGCGCGUUCGGCGGCAGCCUGACGGUGACGCAGACGGGUCGGGCAGCACAAUUCAGGUUUCGCCAUGGAGCGACAUCGUCGAGGAGCAGGCCGUCCCCUUCCUGCGCAUGGGGUGCUCUUGGAAAUGCGUUCCUGGGCAUAUCGAACCUGGCAGUUGGGCGGUCCGUGGGGAAGAA